AUGAUUGAAGGCCUCUACAGGAGUUCCGUAAUUACCACAACGAAAGCAGAAAUAGCAGGGCAAGACAGAAAGGUGUUAAACGAAAAUAAGGUGCUUGGAGUGCCACGCCUCAGACAGCUAAGGGUUCGAAAUGAUUCUUGUGAAGUACCAGCUAUAUUCACCAGAACUUUUUCUACCUGUUACGAUGCAUACUCUUCUGCUGCAGAAGAAAAGGAGCCAUUCGGGCCGAGGGACACUACAGCCUGGAGAUACACCUCUAGUGAAGAAUUAGAUGGUAUCAGUUAUAUGGGAACUAUUUCAAAUUAUCACGGAGGAGGCUAUUAUCAGGAUCUGUCCAUUGUACCAAAUGAGACAGUAAAUAUUGUGGCAAGUUUGAAAAAGAAUCUAUGGAUUAACCGAUCAACCCGAGCUGUAUUUUUGGAUUUUACCGUAUAUAACGCAAACAUCAAUUUAUUCUGCGUAAUAAAGCUGCUCUUUGAAUUCCCGCCGACGGGUGGUGUCCUGAGCUCUCAUGACUUCACAAGCAUGAAGUUAAUACGUUAUGUUGAACCAUUAGAUUACGCUGCAAUGGGCUUUGAAUUUUUAUUUCUAUUUUUUGUCCUUUUCUUCACUAUGGAAGAAGUGAUAGAAAUGAUGUUUUUCAAAUUACAAUACCUCUUUCACUUCUGGAAUUACAUAGAUUUGGUGAUUUUACUGUGUGCUAAAGAUCUUGCUGCUUUUGGAUUACUGUUUUUCAUUGCUAUUUGUGCAUAUGCCCAACUGGGAUAUAGCCUUUUUGGAACAAAGGGAGUAACAGAGGCAACAAACAUGAUUGUUAAAGGCAACAUAAAAGGAGAACUGGCAAGGGACUUCAGAGGAAUUGGAAUAUCUGUGGUGACUCUUUUGCGGACUAUUGUGGGAUAUAAUAUUUAUGAAUCAAUUCAGAAAGCUGAUUGGUUUUUUGCUCCUAUAUACUAUAUUGCAUAUGUAGUAUUUGUUUUCCUCAUAUUAUUGAAUAUGUUUAUUGCAAUUAUUGUAUAUUCAUAUUCAGAAGUAAAAGCUGAGAUAGCUGUUAUGGAUGAUGAUUUACAUUUAACUGACUUUUUGAAAAGACACUUUAAAAAUGUGAUGGAGAAGUUUGGCGUAUACAGCACAUAUGAGUCAAAGUCUAAGGACAAAGAGAAGAAGCUCACAUAUAAUGAUAUAAGAGAAAUUUUACGAGAGUGCAAAUUUACAGAUUUGGAGAUAGAAAUGUUUUUUGCAAAAUACGACAUCACAGGAGAAAGAAUAGUAACUGAACAUGACACACACAGAAUGUUACGUGAUAUGGGAUGGGUGGACAAGGAAGACGAAGAUGUGGAACCAGAAGAAGAUUCUGGUGUGUCUGCAGAUGAAUUUGAAGAGUAA